AUGGAUAGAAAUCUUCCUGGAAAUCAUAGAUUUCGAUUAAAUGAAGAUGCUGCAUCAAAUCAUGAUGGAAAACUUCAUAUAUUUGUUAAAUUAACUGAUUCAUGUAUGAAAGCAAUUGAAACAUAUAUGAAACAAAAUAAAAAACAAAAUUUAUCUAAUAUUAAAUUUAAUCUUAACGGAGGAGAAAUUUCAAUACCAAUAAAUAAUAAUGAAAGAAAAACAUAUUCAUUUCAAAUAUCACCAGAAAAUAAAACACCUGAAGUAUUUCAAUGUAUCAAACAAAUUAAUCGAGAUCAACUUGAGAGCUGUGGUCUUAUUGAACAACGAAUUAAUAUUCAUGCACAAGAAGAUGUUUAUAGUAUGACAAAAACAAAAGUUACAGAAUUUCAAAAAACUGAAGAAUUAACAAAAAAACAAACAAAAGAAAUUGGUGAAAGCUCAAAAACAAUUUUAGAAAAAAAACAUAAAUCAUCAAACCAACGUACAUCAAUGCCAACAUUAAAUAAAACAAAACAACGAAUUGUAACAAAUCAAGAAGAACGUCUUAGUCCAACAACAAAUACUCAAUCAUCACCUUCAGAAAGACCAUUAAGAGAACGACUUAUUCAUUUAUUAGCUGCGAGAACGUAUAAAAAACCAGAUCUUCUUGCUCGAUUAAAAAGUGAAGGUGGAAUGCGUGAUGAUGAAAAAGAACAACUUGAUACAUUAUUAUCAUCAAUAUCAACACAAUCAAAAAGUGGAGAAUACUUUCUUUUAAAAAGUAUUUUAACAAGUGGAGAAGUUAAUUAUGAUUGGCCUUUUUAUCCAAAAGGAGAAGCAUCAAUGGUUAGAAAAAAAAUAAAAGAACAGCAAGCUAAUGCAGCUAGACCAACAAUUAACAAAACAACUAAUGAUAUUCCAUCUGUAUCAUCAAAUGCAAAUCGAUUAUCUUUACCAAUACAAAAUUCAAGUUCAAAAGGUCAAAUAUCAAAUGCAACUUCUACAACAACGACAACAGCAACAACGACAACAGUAAAAGCGAAUUCAUCAUUAAUUAGUACACUAAAUCGUUCAGGAAUAAAUGAGGAACGAAAUCAAUUAGAUAAUGAAGAAACAACAACAACAUCAACACAAAAUCCAUUGAGUGACGAACGAAUGCAACAAUUAUCAGACAUGUUGGAUAAAUUAAACAAUGCAAUAUCUCAAACUGAAAAACCUAAUGAACUAUUAACAAAUGAAAUGGAUUUAAUCGAUGAAGAUGAUAUAGAUGAAGCUGAAAAAGAAUAUACUCGUCUUGUACCUGAAUAUAAUGGUUUAAUAGAUUAUCUUAAAAAUGUUUCUGAGAGAUUUAUUUCUCUUCAACAACAAUUUAAUGAUGAACAAAAUAGUGAAAAAGCGUCAAAAAUCGUUGAUGAAUUUUUCAAAUGUGAAAAUAAUGAAGGAUUUUUAACUAAACGUCAACGUGUUAUUGAAUUACAUAUGAAAUUAAAUCAUUUACAAAAAAUUUUACAAAGAAAUUCACCUUCGAAUACUUUUGAUAUAUCUGAAGAUGAUGAUAAUUUAAUUUAA